AUGGGUAAUCUCCUUACGAAGCUUGCUCCGCGAAGGGUGAAAGUCCUUGUUUUUGGUCUGAGUAUGGUGGAGGGGCGUCAGGAGUUCCAGGAUCGAGAAAAUUUAAGAGUUGUGUAUCUUUCGCAUUCACAGAUGAAACAGUCAGAAUUUCAUGUCUAGUAUUUUUUCCAUCGUACUGUCUAUAGUAAUUAUUGUAUGUUUCUUUCACGCGGAAACAGAAUUUGGAUUUGACUUCCAGGCGCUCUUUGUUUGGUAAAGGAGAGUACAUGAUUUGAAAACAUAAGAAAGCACGGACUUCUGUAUGAGAUAUGUUUAUGCCCCCCCGCUAACCCGAUGAGCACUAAUGACGUCAGGAGGACCUACAAAUGUUGUGGGCUCUAUUGAACGGGAAUGAUGGUGAACUGCAACAUGCUAAUACAUACAUACAUACAUGUCUUGCCGAAGGUAGAGAGCUACCUUUUGAGACAUAUUGUGAUCGUUUAUGUCUGCCCCUCUAAGAAAGAAUCUGUUGCAAGGCCGCAACUUGGAUCCUCAACCUGACGUGGCAAGCGAGCAAGUGUCUGCUUCCAAGACGACAUUUUUGGAAGAGUCUUCGAGGGGCAAGGCUCUCGAAUAUGACCGUAUAUCUAUAUAUAAGUUGCUAUGUUGCUUCUGUGUAAGUAACUACAACAUCAUGGUCUUUGAUAAGCUUCGUGUCAGAAGGUGAUACUGAUUGUCUAACGUAGUUCAUGCAGCGAUGCUCAUGUAGAUGUAUUAAGAAAAACCUCCCUACUUUGGAAUUGGGUACAUGUACUAUUGAUUGUUCCCAAAACCGCACUACUUUAAAAUUACAGGUCACUAUAAAGAUUGGCUAGCUGGUGGCCGUUCUACACCUGUUUCGAGUUCGACAGACCGCCGGACUACUGGUAACCGAGCAGGAAGCCCGCCGCCGGCGGCGAAGAACGGUCGCGGUGGGGGGGCAACGGUACAGCACGUAUUCAGGAUAAAGUUUGACUUCAAACCUUGUAAAAUCGUUCAUUUCCUUACUACUAGUGCUUUUACAAGUCUAUUUGUAGUUCGCCAUACUCUGACAACGACAUGACGAUAGAAGAAGAAGAUUGCACUCGUCUUAUCCUUCUUACCCCUCAGAGGACUAACACCACCAUGAAAUCACAUCACAUCCGUCGCAGAAUGUCAACCCCAACCUGGCAUCGUUCAAGAAGCGAUUGAAGCAAUCGGAAGAUGAACGUAAUCUAACAGGCGGACCUCUCGGAGGCGUGGUACUAGAUUCAACUUAUUAUAAUCGAACUCUCAGCACCAGACGGUGGACACGAAAAACAUUUUUAAAAGAAGAUUUCUACUCUACUCAUCAUUCAUGUGGAAAUUAUCAAGAAUUGAUUGAACUGACUUUUUAGCUCGACCAAUAGGACCAAUAAUAUCCAGAAGGCAGGAACUGGUGCAAGAGCUCAAGCUCAAAAUGUCAAGAAACCUUCUUGUAAAAUCAUAUCUGUCCUCCACAUCAGUAGCUUGACUUUGACGCACGCAAUCCACCUAUGAGGUUACAAGUAUACUACUACCGCACUACCGAGAUCAAUUUCUUAUUCCCUUUCCGUGCGCAAUCUGAACCAGUGGUAGUUCUUUAGUAUCUAUGUCAGUAGUUCGAGGUUACUAGCAGUCGCGCAUCGUAAUCAUGAACAUAGGACAAGGACAACGACAUGCAACCAUGAAAAUAUGCUAUGCCAAUGGCUAUUAACCAAUCUAGUUUUGGCACUUUUUCUCGUUUUUUUCUAGUUAGGAGGGCUCCACCACUACUAUUAACCAACCGACGAACACGAAGUUCGUGUUCGUCCUUUUAUUCUGCGCACUUGUUCCUUUGUACUCAUCAACAUUUGAUAUCACAUGAAAACUUAUAUCCUUAUCUUACUUUUGUCCACUCUGGUGGUGACUAAGGAUGUGAUUUAGCUUCUUCUUAGGACUUUUUUAUUGGGUUUGACACACAACUGAGCAGCAUGAAAUUUAUUGAAAAAUCAAUUACGUAUUGUGAUAUAAGUGCUACGACGUCGUCGACCUCUAAUAAAGAUAAAGUAUUAAUUCGAAGGCCGAUUCUAUGGCUAUGAAUAUCACUAUUUCUACCAAACCACAAGAUCUUCUCGUUCUCCGUAAUAGCUAUUCUUUCUAGCUAGUGCAUUUGAAAACUCCAAUCCCAUCCAGAUCCAACAGGCUUCGCACACGGCUGGAGUACAGCGUGGACUUCGGAAUGGAGGAUCUGGCCAAGCUGCGGCGCCUCUAGCUAAGACUAAGAAGGAUUCACCAGCUAAGAGUGGAACAAAAAUUUCGUCCAUAAGUGCCAAGCUAUAGCUAAACCUUGGCUCCUUAGUGCUUGUAUGCAGAAUAACAUCCUUCGUCUGUCUUUGAUUUCUCAUUUAUUAGAUACCAGACACUAGUCAGAUCAAAUUAGUGAAUAGACUCCCGACGUCGCUCUGAUCAUGCGUGAAUGUGCUGCAUUCAUGAUCAUUGUAAACAAAGAAUGCGAAUACAGCAGACAAGAUCUGUGGUUGCACCCAAGCUUAAAUACUUGAUAGUCUAUCAAUCGGUUACUCCGCUCUUCUAUUUAGAAGGUACAGGGUGGCUGAAAGGCCUCUACAACGUUAGAAUGACGUGAGGAGAGGUUCCAUGACACGCAACUAGUCAUCUAGCGCUAAAAAAAUAGAAGAUGAAAGACCCGACACGCUGCCGAAGCCCAAAGCCCAAGAACCGGUGACAUUCACGUCUGAUAUGGAUGAUAUGAAACAGAAGCAAAAAAACUGGACACUGCAUGAUCCGUAGUCGUCGAAUUUGUAAAGAUUGUGAAUCAUAAUUGGAAAUGUAAUUAACUACUUCUUGAUAAUGCAUCGCUAUCUUAUUCACUGAUGUAUUAGAGCCCUACUCUAGUCAUGAGCAUAUGAAGGUGUAAUUAUAUUUCCCGCCCAAUGAUACCCAGGUCGACGUCGAAGAGCAAAUUCAGGUGAAAGCAGACCCUGGUCAAGUUCCUGGCCAGGUUCCAAAAGAACCAGAGCAACAGGUACUUUAUUUACAAUUCACAUAUAAUCUAGAUUCUUGUACUUAUGUACGAAGAUUAGGCUAUGACUCUCUACUGAUACCCAGGUCGACGUGACAAAACGGGCCGCUGCUGACCCACCAGCUGCAGCUGCGGAUGAGGUAGCACCACCUCCAGCCGAGCCCGCCGCCGCGCCCGAGGCUGCAGCACCCGAGCCCGACGCCGCGCCCACUGCUCCAGCUGCAGAGGAAGCACCAGCUUCAGCUGAGGUAGUGGAUACGUCUCCGAGUGCACCAGAAGCUCCAGCUGUCCCACCACCCGAGCCCAGGGAAGAUCCUGCAGAUAGAGUAGAAGCUGACAGUACACCACGACCUCCAGCCGAGUCCGCCCUACCUGGCGAUGAGUUAGCGGAUACGUCUCCGAAGGAAGCAAAACCUCCAGCUGUCCCACCACCCGAGACGCCCACUGAACCUGCUAAAGUUCCUGAAGGUGAAGAAGCUGACAAGUCACCACGUCCAGCCGACCCCGCCGCGUCCGCUGCUCCGCCUGUUGAGCCUCCAGCAGACGAUGUUCCAUCAGCUAGGCCUCCGGUUGGGGAGAAUACCGAGCCAGAACCUGAGGCUGCACUAGCUGCCCAGCCCGCCGAACGAGUAAUUAUGAAAAGAAGUUGCACCAAUACCAAAUGCAUAAGCAAAGCUAAAUAGAAAUAGCAUAUUAUGAUGAAUCUUAGCAUUUUUCAGUUAAGAACUACUACACUGCUUACUUCUCUCACUACUUUCCACCUAAAAGUACUGCGUAGCAUUAGGUACACUACUUGUUCUGUGCUUGACGAUACUUUUGUUCAACUAGAAACAAGUAACCGCUCUUGUCGUCGCUAGAGAUAGAUGAAAUGCCCUAUUUCUAGCACUACGAGUACGACCUACGAUGUAGGACUACGUAAAAUCUAGAUCUACUGAUGAUGUUCUUGUAGCUCUUACUCUACAGAUCAUCGGUCGUAGCCUAGUAAUCAAUCUACUGAUGUGAAGGAUCGUCUACUCUCUCUUCUCUGGGUCCUCUAAUAAACAAGGCGGAAAUUUGCGUGGAACGCCUCCCACUCCCACUCCCUGCUGCGGCGCUGAGAGCUGUGAGGAAUCAUGCUAGGAAUGCCCUAGAUCUAAGUGAGAAGAAGAAGAAAAUCUUCAGUACUAGCUGUAGAAGUUGAUGUGGAAGAUCUGGAUAUUGGGUGAGAUUAUUAUACUUACUAAUAGUUGGUAGAUGAAGUUAGUGGAGAAGUUAGAAGUGCUGAUGAAGGGUGGGGGAGGUGGACGUGGAGGUUAUAGGAACCCGAGGUGUGUAUGAGGUGUGGAUUCUUCUAGUGGGGGAGGUGGGUUUCGGGGUGGAUUUUUGUGGUGGCAGAAUGUUUAGGGGAGGACGAUUGAUUAUCUAGGCAAAAUCUAUUUGGUAGGUUGAAGAAACACGACUAGCUGUUUAGUGAUAUUUAUUAUUAUGGUUUACAUACAUACCCGUGAGAAAUUUGAAUUACUUGUACAGUCAGAUUUGAUACAGAUUCGUCUUGCACGACAGCAAAGUCGAAAUAUAUACAACAAUUGGAAAAACAGUACACACGCACGUAUAUUUGUCAAAGAAAAAAACGAGAGUGUCACUCUCGUUUUUUUUGUUUUUUCCAGCGGUUUACAAAACCAAGAGGCCACUAAAUAGUAGGUGGCCAGCGGUAACCCGAUGGCUGGGGCUGAGAUUCACCAAGGACAGCAAUGCCUCGCAUUUUUGAGGCCUUUGAUACAACUAAUGGCGAUAAUAUAUUUAUACAACUAAUUGGAAAAACAGUACACACGCACGUAGAUUUGCUUCAUUGUCAUAUAAAAACGCCAAAUAUUCAUCCUAGAUGUAGAAGUAGAAAAUCAUAGCAACAACUACAGCAACACAUACACAAUAUUCUCAGAAGAAGGAAUAGGAACAAAUGUUAAGAACGAGAACAACAUCACAAAAAAGAUUCACCAUGAAGUGUCAACCGUGAACAGAAAAUCUGGAAAAAACUGUUUGAUGCCUUCUAACAGGAAGAUUGUCAGUAGGUUUCCGAAGGGAGGUGCAGACGAAAGAGAGCGGAACUAGUAGACAAGAAGAGACGGCAACUAGAGCCAGUUGUAGAACCACGGGAGUGACCCUGACUAGCAGAACCACGGGAGUGGCCGCUACUGUUAGGAAGGGGAUUGCUAGUAGUAGAGAGUGACCUCACCAACUAGCAAAAGUGCUGGAC